CUUGGAUACAAAGAAAAUUUAUAAUUUCUAAAAAAUGUCUGAUUCUCUUCCAGAGAUUAUUAAAAAAGAAACAUUACCACCAAUUAAUGAAGUUCUUUGCUUUGAUACUUUAGUAAAUGUACCCCCAAAACAAAAAGUUAUCCGUAAAUUAACAGAUCUAUCAAAUUACUGUUAUUCAAGAAAAAGACUUGUUGUCUCAGAAUCUUCUGAUUCUAACUGUGGUCCAUCUAAUCUCUUAGAUGAUUCUAGAUCAUUCAAUACUCUUCAAAUUGAUUAUGUCCAAGUUAAUACAUAUCCAAACUUCAAUAAUGGUUAUCCAGUUCAACUAAAUUUCGAUGAUAUGAGUACCCAGCAAACCCAACCAAAUGUAUGGCAAAUUGUUCAAACCGGAUCCCAACCAACCCCAGAAGAGAUAGAACGUCAAACUGCAUUAAGGAUGCAACAAAUUCGUCAAUAUCAUAUCCGAGAACAAGAAAGAGUGCAAUUAAAUGAUCCACAACAGACUCUACAACAACAACAAUACUCACAAUACACAAAAUACCUAAUAUAACUACAACCAACUAUACGGCAACUACUACAACCGUAAUUACAACAACGGGACUUUUAUGAAAUUCAUAUAGUCUCAAAGAAAAAAAAAUUCGGUAUACAAAAUAUUGAUCCCAUAAAAAUAAAAUUUAAAAAAAUAAAUAACAAUUGAUAAAACUAUAAAUAAAAUAUUUUUUUUAUUGUUUAUUAGUCCUAGUCGU